UCCCGACGUCUCGAAGUGGGACAUGACCAAAGUCGUGACAAUAGAUGGGAUGUUUCUUGGAGCACCGUUAGCAGCUCCAGACAUUUCACAAUGGAACACGGAGAAUGUGAAAAGCAUGGUCGGGUUCGUUAACGAAGAGAAGAUGAACUCACACUACAUCGACAUUUAUGAAACGAAAACCUGAUGUGAGAAUUAUAAUAUCAAGUUAGCUUGGCUCCACCCGUAUUAUAAUAUCAAGUUUCUUAAGUAAGUACUAGAAAAGUAUGAUAGUUUUUUAUUCGUAACAUCAGGUUUUCUUGGCCGCUCCUUCUUCAUAACAUCGGACCGAAUUUCAUCGCCAUUGGGUUUGUAAAUC